AUGCCGAAGUUUCUAGCCUACUUAAAUAUAGCCGAGGGAUGCAAGGUAUUGAGGGAAGCUUACCUAUCAAAUGAAGGUGAUGAGUGCCGACCUUACCUCUAUCCUGCAUUGCUAAAAAAGUUCUUGACAGAUAUCCAGCGAGCCCGUUAUGAAACCUUUAUACUCGAUAUAGCGUCAGCUUACGAGGGGUAUGAAUUUUAUCUGCUAGCAUUCGUCGACUUCCGCGGUAGGAUUUAUCGCGCGGGGGUAUUACAUUUCCAUGAGCGUGAUUUAGCAAGGUCUUUGAUAGUGUUCUCUAAGAGUACAUUUAAUGAUGCUAAGAAGGCAAAUCCAUCUCAUACUAAAGAAUACGAUAACAAGGUUUACUCAAUGUUAUAUGUGUCAGCCUCAUUUCAUUAUAAAACGUUUGAUACUUACCCUGCAACUUGUAAAUGGUAUAGAGAGCAGAGGUUUUACUCUAUUGAUAGAAUCAUUGAGUAUGCACCUACCGCUAAAGAUCCCUUGCAGUUCCUAAGCAAGGCUCUAAUUAUCGAAAGGUUGGAUCCUAGGGUGUCAGAGUGGAAACUUCCUAUCACACAAGAUGCAUCUGCAAGCGCUUAUCAGAUAAUUAGUUACUUCUUGUUAGAUUUUGAAAUAGUUAAUUAUACGAAUCUUAUUCCAACAAAAGGUGAUAAUGAGCCUAUAAACAAUGGUUAUAAAGAGCCUAUAAAGAAUCUAGGUAUUAAUGACGUUUACGACUUCUUUGUAUCGGAGAUUAAAAAGUCCUUGAUUGAGGAAAUUCAAACUUUCGAUGAUCCUCACAUGAUUAAGACUUUUGUAUGUCCCCGGUUUGAUAGAAAAAUUAUUAAAUCUCUCCUAAUGCCGUUGAUCUAUGGUAAGGCAGCAUACACCAUGGCGGACGAUCUCUAUAAACAAUACUCCGGUUUAAUAAGGAAAAAAGAAUGCUUGACGCUUUCUACUCAUAUCGAGAAGUUCUUUAAAUCGAGGUUUCCUCAUAUUGUAAACCUAAUGACUUUAAUCCGCUCUGUAGGAUGGUUAGCAUCUGCUAUGGGUAGACCGAUAUACUAUUCUACACCAUGUUUUACUACAGUCCAGGACUAUAUGAAAUCGGAAGCUAUCAAAAUAUGGAUAUAUGAUCGUCCCAGCAAGAAAAGACGCCAGGUAACACUGAGAGAUCUUAGCUGA